AAAAAUUUCACCCAAAUCAAUUCAUCUUUUCUUCUUCCCGGUUCUUUUUCCCCAGUCCCACAUUUAAAAAACCCAAAUAAUCAUAAUCAAUCCCCAUCCCCAAAACCCUCACCCAUCUCUUUCUCUCUGCAACAACAAUGGAGAACAAGCUUCAUGGCUUACCCCCUCACAAAAGAUUCAAUCUUAUACACCAACAAAAACCCACCAUUCAUCCCCAAGACUUCAACUUUCCUUCUUCUUCAUGUUUGCCGGCAAAAAAGAGAAAAGAAACCCGUGACCCAUCUCCGAUUCCGGCCAAUCUUGAACCCCCCACCACCACCACCGCCGGCGCCGCCGUCUGCUUACCCGCCAAAAAAAGAAUAUGCGCCCUGCACCCAAAUCUUUUCUUGGACAAACCCUUUUCAUCAUUUGACCUGAAUCUGGAGUAUGACCCCAGAUCAGAUCAUGAUCAAGAAAAUGUUCAAGAAAAAAAUCAAGAAAAUGUUCAAGAAAAAGAUCAAGAAAAUGGGUAUGUGGAUGAAGUGGAAAAUGAAGAAGAAGAAGAAGAAGAAGAUGGGAUUUUGUGUGCAGUAUGUCAAAGCACAGAUGGUGAUGCAAAAGACCCAAUUGUGUUUUGUGAUGGGUGUGAUCUAAUGGUGCACACCACUUGUUAUGGUGCACCACUCACCAAUGGUGUGCCUGAAGAUGAUUGGUUUUGUUCUAAAUGCAAGAGUAGUGGUAAAAGCAAAGUGGGGUCUUUAUCUUGUUGUUUGUGUCCUGUUACUGGUGGGGCGUUGAAACCGACGGUUGACGGUCGUUGGGCGCAUAUCGUGUGUGCGUUGUUUAUUCCGGAAGUGUUUUUUGGUGACCCGGAAGGGAGAGAAGGGGUUGAUUGUUCUAAGGUUGUUGCUAGAAGAUGGGGUGGGAAGUGUUAUGUUUGUAAGAAGUUGGAUGGGUGUGUUAUUGAUUGUUCUGAAGAGAAGUGUUGUUUGAGGUUUCAUGUGACUUGUGGGUUGAAAGAGGAUUUGUGUAUUGAGUAUAAACAAGGGAGGAAUAAAGGGGCUAUUGUUGCUGGAUUUUGUAAAACACAUACUGAUUUAUGGAUGAAGCAACAAGCAACAGGGAAAUUCAAGAUUGUAGCAAGAAAUGAGGAUUGACAAGAUUUGUGGUUUUGACUUGUCAACAUGUGAAAACACAAACAUUUGAUAUUUUAUUUUUGAUAGUUAAGGGUAGAAGUUGUUUUCUUUUAGUUUUGUGUUUUUAAAGUAUUUUAGAUCAUGUUUUGAUAACAAUUUACAUAUUUCAGCUUUCUUAGUUGAUUAAAGAGUUUUUAUCAUUGCUAGAGUUUUUAUUUCAUUGACAUUGUUGUUUGUUAUAGAAUAAUUGUCUUAAA